UGUCACGUUGUCCCACCAACUGAAAGCAUUCAGCCUCUCAACACCUUUCAAUUGGCCUUGGAUGUUGGAUGUCAUGUUUGAAUGUUAACGCUAUAUAACGACUCGGAACAAUGCUGCUGUUCGUCGCUGCUAUCAUCACCCUGUCGUGUCUCCCCGUGUCUGUCCUCAGCGAUCCUGCUCCUAGAGACGCCCUUCUGUACAGAGUGGACAUCUACGUGCCCCCUGAGGAGGGGAGGAACGAGACGGCGGACAUACAGCAGGUUAAGGAGACAGUUAAAAGUCUAACUGACAUCAAGGUUCUGUUUUCGUUUAAGGAGCUUGGUAAUCCAAGGAUUAUUCUUGUUCUUGACGUUGAGAAAGCAUGCAGUUGGCCCCAGUUGACAGGCUUUCUGUCCAGCAAAGGAUAUGAGUUCAGCGUCACAUCCCUCUACGGCUGUAGUGACUUCGCCAAGGAGAUUGGUAUCAGCCUGCCCAAGGAUAUUUGGUCAUCAUCUUUGGGAAAUGUUGACCUCGUCAUGGACAGGAAGAUAUAUCGUGUAGGAGACUUGACAACCCUUGAGUACAAUGAAAUGCUUCAGUGGAUGUUUGAAAGAGAUGUGGUCAUCCGGAAAACCGUCCAGAGGAAAAAGGCAUGUUUCAAAAGUCUCGCAGAUUUUCCAGUCGAGGUGAUGUACUUCGGCCAAGCUAGCCAAUAUGUCAUGGAUGUAAUGGAAGGAUAUUUACAUGGACCGAGGUACUUUCAGAACGAAUUAACACGAAUAGAACAACUUGAUGAUUACACAGGGUCCUGCCACAAAUGAGACAAAACAUAAUGUGCAAAUUCUUCAUCGAAAUGAUUGGGUAAUGAUGAGUACAUUGAUGCAGAUGCACAACAAAUUGAUGCUUUUUCUGAAUAAAAGUAUGCAUUUCA